GCCGCCCCGCGUCGCCGUGCGCGGUCGCGUUGCGCAUGCUCGCGAGGAGCGCACCGGUGAGAGGCGGUUCUUCGGUCGGCCGCGGCUGUAGUUAUGGCCUAACAUGUAGAGAGUGAUCUGUGGAGCCGCGAAGGGCCCACCUUGACCAAGGGACGUAACAGACAUUGCGGGCAGUGUUUGAAGAUGGCGCUGAACAACGUGUCCCUGUCCGCCGGCGAUCAAAGGACCCGGCGGGCCUACCGCGCGUCCCUCGGCGCCCUCAGCUCGUCGGCCUUAGAGCUGGCGAUGGUCUCCGGAGACAGCUUCCUCGUCGCCAGGCCCGACGAUGUUCUUCCAGGACUCGCUCCUCGGCAGGCCGUGCGGCCGAGCGUUCGAACCGAGAGCCGGCGGGCGAGCGCGGGCGGCCGGAGCCCGACCCGCUUGAUAAAAGGAAGGGAACCCGACGGGCGGAACCGGAGCCGCCAGGCCAGAUUCUCGCCGUACCCGGCCCCCGGGGUGAAGCUGGAUCUCCUGAGGAGCUUGCUGCAGCAGCGGCUGGUUGCCAUUGGAAGUGUGAUCGCAGCCCGCCUCUCGGCCUAACACCUCCCCGGCCCCUCGGUUCGCUCGUAAACAAGGCCUCUCUAACAUCC